GAAUAUUGCUGAUUGUCACUGAGGAUUGCAGAGCAUGUCCAAAGAAAUGCAGGAGCUGCAGAAGCACUGGCACUCCAUGGUACAGUCCAUCCACAGUAACUCAAAUGUUGUUGCAUUUAUGAACUCUCGUUUUGGCCAAUACUUAGAUGACCAUCCUUUUGUUGCCUUAUCACUCCUGAUGUUUGUUGCAGUGUCUGCUAUUCCUAUUGCAUUUUUUCUGAUUUUUGUUGUUUCAACAGCCAUAAUGGCCUGCAUUGGCGUGAUAAUUAUGGAAGGUGUUGUAAUAUCAAUAGGUGGCAUAGCCCUCCUGUGUGUGCUGUGUGGGCUAGGGGCACUUUCACUGGGAGUUUCUGGAGUAUUGAGCGCUUGUUACGUUGUUCUUUCAACCCUGAUCAACUACUGGUAUGCUCAGAAGAGUCAAAUAAAGAAGCAGGAAGCCUUGGGAACUUCACUACACAAGAGUCCUUCUAUUUUGGAUCUCUCUGCCAAUAAUGGAAAGAAUGAAUAA